CCUGUAUCACGUGCCUGCGCUAACCACUUAACAGGCGAUGUAAAAUUGCAUAUGGGACCUACUGAGCCAAACAGCUACACAAUCCAAUGCGCCAAAUCGAAGUGUUGAGUUUGUAUAGUUACCCCCUACUUCAAGUACAUGCAUGCUGCAAAAGCUGUUUAAAUGCUUGUUUUUUCUGCUUUUGACAUCUGACUUGUACUGUAAUUGUGUACAUCAAAUUGUUCAUAAUUCUGUGGCUGGUUAUAAGCCUAAUGGUAGUGGCAAACUGCACAACAUGUAAGUCAAGUAAUGACCAAUUAACUAUCAGAAGUUUUGUACAAAUGCAUUUGGAACAGGCUGUGCAUCUUAGGCACUGUGCAAGUGAAUCUAGAAUUUUGCUGGUAUGGGCAUUGAUUUUCCAAUAGCAUUCACAUGAUUUUGCCAUGGAGCAGAUCUUAUUUUUAAACCCCAGAAGGGUCUUGAUAAUGGUUUAGGAUUUAGAUCAUGCUAACUACCUUGAUUGCAUGGUGCUCAUAGAGGGAGAUUAAGUAUGGAAGUCUUAUGCCUCUCCUGCCCAGGGCUCCUUCCCUAGAUCCUCCCCUUGGUGCAUGUAUUGGUGUUAGGUCAUGGCCAGAGGUCCAGGUAAAUGUCGUGUGUAGAUAGAGGUGCAGCAUACAAGCCAUCUCACCAGCUGUUACAUUGUGGUCAGGUACCACAAUGGUGUAAACAAGUCACCAGAGUCUCAUGCACCAUUCCAGGCAUGUUACUUUUUGGUAGCGUUGUAUUAGUCUUGCCAUAGAAGAUUUGCUAGGCCAUCACAACUAAUGCUACCUCAGAUUACAGCUGCUCUUGUAAGUGGAGAUAUAUUAAUGCUGAAGCACUGAUUUCCUGGCAUCUAGAGAAUUUGCAUUAUAUUUAAAAUCUUCUUUUCUGGCAAUCUAGGUAUUGUUCAAUGUGUAUGUAGCAUCUGGCAUUAUAUCUGUGUUUCUAGAGCUAGGGUCAAGAUGGCUUCAGUACAGUGGCUUUGGGCCUGGCAUUUGACAUUGGGCUGACAGAGCUAUAUGAUGGAUGCCAUAGUUGAAAUAUAAGCUUAUAUGUUGACCAAAUUGAGGGGCUGACUUUGCCAAUCUAUUCUUUAAUGCAGUAAGUAAUCCUUCCCUUGAUCCAUCUAGGUAAAUUUUCAAGAGCUAUACAAGUAUUUUGUCCACCCUGCGCACUUUCACAACUACCAUGCAGUGAUGGCUAACUGGGUCUCAGGUAAAAGAGGUGAUUUUAUGCUUGAUUUAGCCCAAGGUCUCUUAACAUGGAUCUUCCCCACAGAUGACACUGGCAUGCAGGUAAUCAAUAGCUGCCAUCAGCUUUUGUUUAAUGUUUUUUUUAUCUAUCAGCUAUCUCAGCUAGUCCAUCCUUUAAAUGCAUUCACAUUUUGUAGUGCCCUAUUUUUAGGAUUGAUGAAAAAGCAUUUCUUCAUAUCUAUGGGCCCUGACACUUUCAGCCUGAGGCAGGAUCUCUAGGGUUCAGACAUGGACAAGUUAAAGAAGGUUUUCAGUGGCAGUGAGGCAAACAAUGCUGAUACAAGUGAUGCCGAGUCGGGAGGAAUCAUUUCACAGUUUGUGGAUACAUCCACUUUAAGUUGGAGCACUAGAGUAAAAGGAUUUGUAAUUUGUUUUGUUGCUGGUGUGGUUUGCUCCAUGCUGGGUUGUGCCUUCUUUUGGUUGAAGCAUGGCAUUGUUAUAUUUUGCAUAUUUUACACACUUGGAAACAUCGUAGCCUUGAUGAGCACCUGCUUCCUGAUGGGUCCCAUGAGACAGCUGAAGAACAUGUUUGCCAAGACACGCAUGGUCGCCACAGUGGUGAUGCUGCUCUCGAUUUUGCUGACCAUUGUAGCAGCCAUUCUGGAUUGGAAGGCACUGGUGCUGCUGUUCUGCAUAAUCGAGUUUCUGGCGAUGACGUGGUACUCGAUAUCGUAUAUUCCGUACGCCCGCGACGCCUGCAUCAAGUGGUUCGAGUCCUGCCUGGGCUAGAAGACCCACACCGUAUUUGCGAAAGUGAAACCUGGGUAUGGUAAUGUUAUCAGGUAACCUUAAAUGGCAACCAGAUUAAUUUUCUUGAGGUGCUUCUUUUGAAGAUUUUUGUGUUUUGCGAUACAAUUACGGUAUAAAUCCAGAUUAUAGAAUGAGAUAGCUCGUUGAAUAUCAACAAAUGCGAAGAUUCGCUUUACAUAUCCUACACCUUUUAGGAAGAAAGUUUGUCAAAUCAAUGUAAGCCCGUAUUUUGUAGUGGCGCCCCAAGUGCGGCGUAGAUAUACGUAGUUGCUGCAGCUUCCUUUGGAUCGACCCUUUGCGAAGGGUAUAACGGUGUUCUUUUUUAGCAUAAAGGCAGAGGCUAAACGCACGGUCUUUUUUUAGCUCCCUGCGGAAAUUUGUUGAGAAGUUGUGGUCUUGAUUCGUCUAAAAAUGAAGCGCAAUUUCCUAUCUGGUUGACAAGCCUGCCGCCGCUUCAGAAUUGAGAAAACAACGUUUCGGUCCCGAGAGUGUGCGUGCCAUUUUCGGAUGACGUGUGCAGUAGGUGGGGUUGCCAGGACGCCGGGGCUGCUGUUUUUCUCGUGUAUGCACGAAGCUGUCAUAUAAGGCUAUCCUACCAACGCGCAGAUGACGUAUCGAUAGGCUUCUCUCCUUGUGUAGAAUUUCCAUGUCUGGGUCAUGUUUGUAUCUCCCAAGCGUGUAACGUGAACGAGACUUCAACAAGCGCAACAUGAGCCGUCACGCGGCUCAUGGUGGACUGCCGCGAAACUGGGGAAAAUCCUGCGUUUGUUAUUGGGUAAACGUUGCUUGUUAUUGCGAUGCCGAGGAUUUGCUUUUUCGUCGUGCUCAUGCUUACGUGGCUGUAGUGUUGCUGUUUUCGUCGCCAUAAAGUGUGCCACAGUACUCGGCCACCGGCCGUGUGACGUCCGUCAAGCAUUGGCGCUGUCACUGCGCUGAAUUGCCGGCGUCUGUGAACUGGGGACUGACUUUGCCAAAGAUUGUCAUCGGUUGUCGAGAAAAUACAU